AUGACUCCGGCAUCAAUAGAUCCACAUGAUGAUGAUGACCCUCAAAUGACUCCAACAACAACAACUCCCCAUGAUAGAUGGGAGGAACAGAGAAGGAGAAGAUUGAAUGAGGAAUAUGUGGAUGUGCUUGUGGAGAAAAAGAGGGUGAAUGAGGAAGACAAGGAUGAGGAAUAUUUGGAGGUGAAUGAGGAAGAUUUGGAGAAGGUGAAUGUGUUGAUUGAGGAUCUGAUGAAUGAGAAUAUUGAGGAUUGGCUUGUGGAGAAGAAGAAUGAGGAUGUGCUGGUGCAGAAGGAAGACAAGCAGAAGAAUGAGAUAUAUAAACUAAAUGAUAAAGACAGUGAUGUGGAGGAGAAGAAGAAUGAGGAUGUGGAGGAGAAUGUGGUGAAUGAGGAUGUUCUGAAGAAUGAGGAUGUGGAGGAGAAGAAGAAUGAGGAUGUGGAGGAGAAGAAGAAUGAGGAUGUGGAGGAUAAGAAAAAUGAGGAUGUGGAGGAGAAUGUGGUGAAUGAAGAUGCUAUGAAGAAUGAGGAUGUGGUGGAUAAGCUGAAUGAUAAAGACAAUGAUGGGUUUGUGGAGGAGAAGAAGAAUGAGGAUGUGGUGGAGAAUGUGGUGAAUAAGGAUGUUCUGAAGAGUGAUGAUGUGAAUGAGAAGGUGGAGGAUAAGGUGGAGGAGGAUGUGUUUGUGGAGAAGGUUGAGAAGAAGGAAGACAAUGUACAGAAGAAGAAUGUGGUGCAGAAGAAGAGGGUGGAGGAUGAUGUGUUUGUGGACAAGAUGGAAGACAAGGUGCAGAAUAAAAAGGUGGAUGUGGUGGUGCAAAAUAAGAAGGUGAUUGUGGAGAAGAAGGACAAGCAAAAGGUGGAGGAGGAUGUGGUAGAAUUGGACGAUCCAACCCAUGUCCAAUUUAAGAGAAAUAUGUUGAGGUCGGGAGUAUUACUUAGUCCCUACACCGACCCUGCUGGAAAAAAAUGA